AUGGGGGAAAAGACCGACAUUCAGACGCUCAAGGGGAAAGUAGCCAUCGUCACGGGCGCAUCUCGCGGCCUAGGCUACGGGUUAGCCCUCGAACUUGCUCGACGGGGAGCCAAGAUCGUCGCGACAUACACCUCGGCCAGCAGCGAGUCCAAAGUCAAGGAGCUAGCUGGCCAGAUCGCCAAGCUCGACCCGCCGAUCCGAUGCAUCACAGUCCGGGGCGACCUGGCUGACGCGUCGACGCCGGCGUCCAUCGUCCGUCAGGCUGUCGACGCCCUGGGCCCCCAGAUCGACAUCGUCGUCAACAACGCAGGGGUGGAGGUGGUCAAGUCGUUGGACGACAUGAAGCCCGAGGACUUUGACAGCGUGUACGCCGUCAAUGUGCGCGCGCCCCUGCUCCUGGCCCAGGCCGUCAAGCCCCACCUCCCGUCUCGGGGCGGGGGCCGCAUCAUCAACAUCUCCUCUGUCGGGGCGAGGUUGGCGCUGGCCAACUUGUCGAUCUACAGCUCGUCCAAGGCUGCGCUGGAGGGCCUGACGCGCUGCUUGGCCGCCGAGAUGGGGGCGCACGGCCACACGGUCAACGCAGUCAACCCGGGCCCCGUGAAGAGCGAGAUGAUGGAUCGGAUGCCGCAGGACCUGGUGGACACGAUGAAGAAGGCGACGCUCAUGCAGGCUAGGGCGGGUGAGGCUGACGACGUCGCGCAGGUCGUGGCUUGGCUGGCGUCCGAAGAGAGCAGAUGGAUCACCGGGCAGGCUAUCUCUGCCAGUGGGGGCUUCAGUGUGUACUGA